AUGAAAACCAAACUUGUUCAAUCCGUUAGAUACACCUGGCGAAAUGUCCUGCCGGCCGCAGCGCCUGGAUGCUCACAGGGCACUCCGUACUCAUUCUGGGUGAAAGAAGGCAAUCCCACCAAGGUCGCCGUUAUCUUGGCCGGCGGCGGCGCAUGCUGGACGGGCGAAAACAGUGCGUUGCAUGGAAAAAGGUUCUACCGGCCCUAUGCUGGCCUUGACGAGGAUCCGAGUGAUUUGGGCGGCGUCUUCGACAGCGACAACCCAGAGAACCCGCUCGCUGACUAUACCACCGUCUAUCUUCCCACUGCCAACGGCGAUGUCUUUCUCGGCGACUCGGUCACGGUCUAUGACGUGCCUGCAAUGGGUGGCCAGCCUGCGGGCAAGAUCACUAUCCUGCACAAGGGCUACGACAAUGCAGCGUCUGCCUUGGAUUGGGUGUUCAAGACGUACCCGGAGCCUACAACAGUCGCGGUGAUGGGGUGGAGCGCCGGGGCUCUCGCAUCGCCCCUUUAUACUCAUAUCAUCGCACAACACUAUCCGGACGCCGCGGUCACCCAUUUUGCUGAUGGCGGGGGCGCCUAUCGCGUGGGCGAAAGACUGGCGCCGCUUUUCAAAACCUGGGGGACGGCGAACGUUUUGAAGAGGGUUAAGGGCUUCGAAGACUUGAGCGUCGACAGCCUGUCAUUGGAGGAUCUCUAUAUUCGAGCGGCCGAGCUCCAUCCUGAAAUUGUCUUUCACCAGUACAACGAAAGGCAUGAUAGUAUUCAGGCCCUUUUCAUGCAGCUCAUGGGCGUGGCCGCCCCCGAUGUCCCGGGGAAUUUGGACGACGGCCACGCCUAUAUCCGCGCGAAGAUUCCCAAUUUCUGCACCUAUACCAGCUGGGGGCACGACGAAGGUAUCAUCGGCGGGUACUAUGAUGGGGUGCUAUCAAAAAAUGCGUUGGACAAUCGCGGCCGUCCCCAUGUGCUGGAUAGGUUUUACACUCGUCAGACCAACGGUGUUCGAUUCCUCGAUUGGUUUACUGCAGCCGUGACGGGCAAACCGGUCGAGGACGUGGCUUGCGUGGACAGCGAGACCCCUGAGUACCAUUGGACGCGCCCCAAGUUUCCUUAA